AUGCCUCGCUAUAUGGAUAGCAUCAUCGAAGCUGCCGGGCUCGAUCGCACUACCCACGACACCUGGAAAGAGGUCAAGGCGACAUACUACGGAAUGAUUACGAAGCUGGAUAACCAAUUUGGCCAGGUCGUCAAUAAGACGAAAGAGCUCGGGCUCUGGGAUGAGACGGUGACCUUCUUCUUCACAGACCACGGCGAGUGGCUUGGAGACUACGGCCUGAUUGAGAAAUGGCCCUCUGGGCUAUCCAACUCCCUCACCCAUGACCCCCUUAUCGUCGGGGGCUCGGGGCUCCCCAAGGACAAGGUCUUCGACGGCAUGGUGGAGAUGGUGGACCUGUCCUUCACCGAGGGCGGGUUCCUGACAAGCGAGGAGCCGCUGCUGGAGCAAGCGGCAUUCCCCUACGAUAUCAAGGCCGGCCUGCAGCACAACGAGACGACCCUCGUAGGCAUGGCCACGUCGAUGCGCAGUAAAGAGUGGACGUACGUCUACCGCACCUACGAGGCCGACGAGCUCUACUCCCGCCUCGACGACCCGGGCGAGAGGCAUAACCUUGCCGAGGAGCCCCAGUACCAGGGCAUCGAAGCUCAGCUGAAGGGGGACCUGCUGAAGUGGAUCAUUUCGACGAGCGAUGUGAUCCCCUGGUACAUGGACGAUCGUUCCCCAGCCGUGGACCUCCCGAGCCCGGCGGAGCAAUAUCAGGCUAGGCUUGGGGACAACUCGUAA